AUGGUUCUUACUAAAGAAUACAGAAUAUGUAUGCCGAUGACCGUAGAAGAGUAUCGGAUUGGUCAACUGUAUAUGAUUGCUCGGCAUAGUUAUGAACAAUCCAGUGGCGGGGAAGGAGUGGAGGUAGUAGCUAAUGACCAAGUUAAUGAUGAGGUUAAUGGUGUAGGACAGUUUACGGAGAAAAGAAUUCAUUUAUCUAGCCAUCUGCCCUAUUGGGUCCAGUCUUUGAUACCAAAAAUAUUUUAUAUCACUGAAAAAGCAUGGAAUUAUUAUCCUUAUACCAUUACAGGUAAAUGUUCAUUUAUUCCAAAGUUUUCUAUAUCUAUUCAGACAAGAUAUGAAGAUAAUAAUGGGACCACAGACAAUUGUUUGGGAUUAACGCAGGAAGAGCUGGAACAAAGAGAAGUUGACUUCUUGGACAUAGCUUAUGAUGAGAUUAAACCUCAUCAUUACAAAGAAGCAGAAGACCCAAAAUUUUUCAAAUCACAGAAGACAAAUCGUGGACCGUUGGUAGAAGGUUGGAGGGAGACUCACCAGCCUAUUAUGUGCUGUUACAAGGCAGUGAGCGUCAAGUUUGAAGUGUGGGGAUUUCAGACAAAGGUUGAAGAAUAUGUUCAGGGAGCGAUACGCGAAAUACUACUUCUUGGCCAUCGUCAAGCUUUUGCGUGGAUGGACGAGUGGUACAACAUGAGUAUAGAAGAUGUCAGGGAUUAUGAACGAGAGAUGCAAGCAAAAACUAACAUCAAGUUACAGUCAACGAUAGAAAACGUUGUGACAAUCGAAGACAACGAUUCAAAUUCAUCUAAGCCUCAAACUCCAAAAACGCCGAAAUCACCGAAAACACCGAAGAGUACUAGCAGCACUCCUACAGGAGAUGGCAGGUCAUGGUUUAACUGGAACUGA